AAGUUAAAACCCCUUCUCUCACUCUCUUUCUCUCUCUGGUUUUGGUGAGUUCGAUCGACCGCUAGGCGAUCGAGCUGCAUUGCGAUCCGAAGGAGUCUCUUUAGUUGCACGUUCCUAUAAGUAUCGUUGCCCCAUCACGCCUUGGAGCCUCGUCAGCGGCAGUCUCCUCCGCCCUCGCUUGCUCGCCAAGCGCGAUCCGGAGUUUGGUGAAGGCGUCGGUUGAGCUGCAUGCUCUUUUUGUCUGCCCCUACGCACGCGCACUCUCUUCUUCUUCCUUGCUUUGUUUAUACCAGUGUAUUCUCGGAGCUUAGGUUGAUGGUUGGAACAAAUCUCAAGCGGCUGGGACUUUUCCCGAAAAGGAUCGAGUUUUGGCUAGUUGACUGAUUUCUUUGACUUUUCAAGGCGAGUUAAUUGGCCGGUCUACUGAUCUCCUUUCUUAAUUAGUGAAUUAUUCGGCGUACUUGCGUCUCAAAGGUUCGCAUUUUGUACUUUGCUGGUGAAAUGUAUUGAUCUUUAAUGCAAAUCUUGGUCCGCAGUUAGAAGUCUUGAGCGAUUGCGUUGGAGUUCCUUUAUGGGUUUUAUUUCAAUUUGAUUUGGAAUAGCUUGAUAUUUAGUGGAUCGCACCGAGAUUGGAGCCGUUGGAUAUGAAAAUGUGUCAUUUGUAGAAAAUCUAUUGUUGUUCUCCGGAUUUUGAUCUGAGUUUCUUUGUCUUGUUUCUGAUUCGUGGUUACUGUUUGGUUUUGUUUUUAUAUAGAUAUCUCUUUUGUGAAGAGUUGCAUUCAGUUGGAUCCGUGCAUACUGGUAUGUUUUUAUAUACAUCUCUUUUGGAAGACUUGCAUUUAGGUUAUUCAGUUGGAUCUGUGCUUGCUGUUAUGUUUUUAUACACAUCACUUUUGGAAGAGUUGAAUUUAGGUUAUCCACAUGGUAAUUUAAUUCAUUUUCAAAUUAUAUUGGUGAAAUAAAAAAGAGCAUUAGAUUUUUCUUGAUGCAUUAAUGUUUUGCUUAAAGGGACGCAGUUCAUGGUCUUAUACAAAUUGAUUCAAGGGAGCAAUUAGGAAGAAGAAAGGUGUUUUUUUAUUCGCCUGAUAUUUAGUGAUUCAGGAAAAAUGUUGAGGAUUCCUAAAUGGAAGAUUGAAAAGACAAAAGUGAAAGUCGUCUUCUGCCUACAGUUUCAUGCAACACAUAACAACUGCGAAAACAAAUAAAGUUAAUGUCAGAAAUGGGAGCUGCAAGUGGCCAGAUCCGAUCUAUGAAACUACAAGACUGCUCCAGGAUGCAAAGACUAAAACAUAUGAUGAGAAGCUGUACAAGCUUCUGGUGGCUACGGGGUCUUCCAGGUCACAGUACAACUUCUUACUUCCAAAACUGGUUUCAGAGAAUUUGAGCAGCAAAGGGAACUGAGUGUAAGGGGGAUUCAGAUGAUAUCUAGCAAUAAAAAUUAUCCGGUUGAUACUGAAGCUACAUCACCAGAGAUAGUUAAUGAAGUAGCAGACAAGGUUGUACAUAAAUCCCUUUUCAACCAGGAGACCUACCGUCUGAACUUGCUUCCAAAUUCUUGAAAUCAAGUUAGUUCCACCAACACAUUAUAAAAUGCAAGUGUGGAAAUUGUUGUAGCAUCAUAACUUCUCAAUUGAAAAGCUUGGGUACCUUGGCAGCACAACCCCAAUUUUGGUACAGACGAGUGUGAUAGAGUGAUCCAUUGAAAGACUGCUGUGCUAGCUAGUUCUAUGAUCCAGUCUUGAAACAUCUAAAUGAUCAUGCCAACUUGAUUUUUCUGGCCCUAAAGAUUUUCAAAACAAUUGCAUGCCUCAUUUUGGCAACUGCUCAUGGAACGCCUUGUUAUAUCUUUAAACUCAUUUAUACAACUAACAACCAAGCCUUUUCUCACUAGGUGGGGUCGGCUUUUAAACUCAUUUAUCUUCUUUGAUAAUUUCUAGCAAUGAGCAAAUAAAUUGUUUUGCUCUUGAUGACAUCUCUGUAUCACAUCAAUUGGAAGCCAGAAACUAUAUGCAAGUUAUUGCAAGUCUGGAACAGUUCAAGCAAGAAGCGACAGAGAACAUACUUCAGUUGCUUAAAGAGAAUAUGAAUAAUAUAAAGGAAGAGAGAGAUAUUUCUCAGAGAUCUCAAAACAACACAGAACUAAAUUAUCUGAAUAUGAAGCAGAAGUUUGAAUCUGAUAUAAAUGCAGUAACUGAAAAGCUAGUAAUGUCCAAUGCUUUGGUUGAAAAGCUUCAAAAAGAACUACAAAAUGCUUCCGAGAAGCUUAAGAUCAGUUCAGAUACUGAAGAGAAAACCGAAUCUAUCAAUAGAGAACUGUCAUCAAAAUUGGCAACCUUAGAAAUGGAAUUGCAGCAGACUGUUGAAGAGAACAAGGAUCUAGUUAACCAGCUAAUUCUACUAGCAACUGUUAAGGAGGAUCUUGCAAAAACUCAGAUCAGUCUUACGUAUUGUAUGGAAGAGAAGAGGAGUUUGUUGUUGUCUAUACAGUCAAAGAAUGAGGCUUCCAUCCAAAUGGAAAAUGAGAUUUACAGUUUGAAACAAAGUCUGCAACUCAUCCAGAGCGACAUGCAGACAGAGAAAAGAAUGAGAAAGGGACUUGAUGAUGCAGUUGCAAGCCUUUCAGCACAGUUUGAGGAAAAAGAAUGUCAGCUGUUAUCUUUAUAUGAAGGAAAAAUGGAAGUGGCACAGCUGCAGGAUAUGAUUUUGGAGUUAGAAAGAACAAACAUUGGGUAUAAGGAUCAACUUAUGAAGAGUGAAGAAAGCCGAAGUAGUUUAGAGAGUGAGAACUCAUCCUUGAAAGUUGAAGUUGUGGAUGUGAGAAAUCAAUUGGCAGAACUUCUCGAGACUUCACUGGCCUCUGAAAUUGAAGUUACAGUUAUGCAAAGUCAUUUCUGUGACAGGAUGCAGGAUUCCUUUGCACAACUUAAGACAGUAGAAAGAAAGCUCGAGGAGAUGACCUUAAAAAAUGCAGAUCUUAUUGCUUCACUUGACACACUUGCUGAGAAAGAAUCACUGUUAAUAGACAAAAAAGGAAAGUUAUCUAUAGUUCUUCAGUCAUUACAAUCUGAUUUUGAUAUUAUUUUUCGGGAGAAAGAGAGCCUUAUUGAUUACGUAAACAAAAAAAAUGCAGAACUUGAAGAGGUGCAGCUUAGAGCUGCAACAGUGGAAGCUGACAGUAAUUGUCACAUGAAGAAAUAUGAAGGUGAGAUUUGUCAACUGAAAAACAUUAUGAUCUUUUGUGAAGAAGAAGUGUGCAACUUAAGGUCAUCUAGGGAUGCAUUAGAAAUUACAAAUGUGGUACUGAAAUCUAAACUAGAGGAACAACAUAUAAAAAUAUCAUUGCUUGAGGAAUGUGAGUCUCAGUUGAGAGCCUUGCAAGAGCACAACGAGGAGUUUAGUUGUAGACUCUCAGAACAGGUAUUGAAGACAGAAGAAUAUAAGAGAACCUGUCCAACCUUCUAAGGGAACAAAGAGAUAAAGCAGAGGCAGUGUGUCUUCAGGCUCGAGAAAAGGAGAAUGAGAGAUCAUCAUAGGAGUCACUGAGAAUUGCUUUUAUUAAAGAACAGUAUGAGUCCAAGAUCCAGGAGCUGAAAAAUCAGUCGUUUGUCUCCAAGAAGUAUGCAGAAGAAAUGCUAUUGAAAUUGCAAAAUGCUCUUGAUGAAGUUGAGAGCAGAAAGAAAACUGAGGUUUCUCUAGUGAAAAAGUUUGAAGAGUUGUCAGAGAAAAUAUCUAAUUUGGAGUGUGAGCUAGUUACAGUUCUGACUGAGAGAAAAGAAUUAGCCAAUGCUGAUGAUAGGAUAACCAAUGAACUGGAGUGCACUGUCCUGAACCUCGAGUGUUGCAGGGAAAAAAACGUGAAGCUUGAAAACUCCCUGAAGAAAUGCAAUGCUGAGAAGCUAAAGCUCGAAGAUUCCUUAAAGGAGUGUAAUGAAGAAAAAAAUAAUGUGAGAGUUGAGCUUGACCUGGUUAAGAGGUUGUUUGAAAAUUUGGCCUUAGAUGUAUCUGUUAACCAUGAAGGCAAUAGUGACUCUGAUUUCCCUUCCAUAACGUCAAUUGAGCAAAUUUUGCAAGAUGACAGCUUUGAAUUGUCAGCAGUCUUCCAAGAAUUGCCAAAUUACAAAGAUACUAAUUUGGGAAUAGAUGCUUCAACUGUGGAUUUCACAAAUUCUCCAAAGGAUACAGAUGUUGGAGAUCUGCUGCCAACUAUUGCUGAUGAGAAAUCAUGCUCUUAUUCCCCUCCAAAUUCAACAGCUUUUAAGGAUACUGAAAGUGCACUUGGACAACAAACCAAAUUCACAGACAAUAUAACAGAUAUAACUGACAUUGAGGAGCACUUCAAAGAGCAGCAGAAGUUGAUGUCUGGCAUAAGCAUGCUAUAGAAGGAGUUGGAGAAGCUAAGAAAUGAGAAUAUAUCAUCACUAAUUCCUUUAGAAGGCCAAUUUCUUUCAUCCCAUCAGAUUUUAGAGAGAUUUAUCACAACUUGACCUGGCAAAUGAGCAACUGGGAAGCAUUUUUCCUUUAUUCAAGGAACUUCCUGAAAGUGGCAACGCAUACUUGCUUUGGAACUUGAGCCUGCAGAAGCAUUGCAGUCAAAAAAAUAUCAGAUUUUCACGUACAAAGCUCAUUCCUGAAACAACAUGACAACGAGGCAUUAGUGUUCCAGAGCUUCAGGCACAUCAAUGAACUGAUAAAAGAGAUGCUGGAGUUGAAGACUCGAUAUACUGCCGUUGAAACUCUUGAAUUUGUAUUUUUCCUUAUGCGUAUUAGUUCUGUCCUGAUAUUUGUAUUUUAGUUCUUCGAUGAUCCAAUCUCUCUUGCAAUAGAUGCUGCUGUUCGCUUGCAGCCGCUUUGUAGUGAAAAAAGUGAAAAAGAAUCAGGUGAACUUUCAUAUACCACCCGUCUUCUGGUAUCCACUUUGCAGAUUGGUUGCCUGAUUGGCAAAGCUGGAUCAAUCAUCUCUGAGAUGAGGGGGACUACACGAGCCAACAUAUGUGCGCUUUCAAAAGAUAAUGUUCCGAAUGUUUCUUCUGAAGAUGAUGAGAUGGUUCAGUGGAGAGAUUGGCGUUGCAAGAGAUGCACUUGUCCAUGUGACAACUCAUCUAAAAGCCAAUUUAUUUGAAAGGGAUAGUACAUCAGCUGCACAUGGUUCUUCUGCUCCUCACCAUCGUUUUCCAGUUGAUGCUUCUGAU